CUGUAAGCCGCGGCCGGCCAGGCCUGUCUCUCUUGCGUUGACUCCGCGUCCCAGCCCGUUGCUAAGCGACCGCGCGCGCUUCUCUCCCCGCGGCGGGCCAGAGCUGCUGCCGUCGUCGUUGGCGGCCGCUGAGGAGGGAGAGGCUGGGAAAGGACGAGAUAGGGAGAGGUGGAACCGAGCCGUGAGGGAACCGCUUUCGGGUUGGCGCGGGAGGAAUCGCGGAGCGAGGUGCAAAGAAAUGGCUAGAAAACAUGAGCAUUUUGGCUUAAGCUAUUUGGAAGAAUUGCGUAUCCUUAAGGAACGUGAAAAUAUCUGCAAAGAAUCUCGACAGAAAUUUGUCAGGUUUAAACAAGCAAUUGCUGAUGUUCACGGAGAACUGGAAAAAUCCAAUUUGGAGGUUGAACCACCUGAAACAACCUUGUCUUAUAGGAGCUCAAGGAGCCCAUCCCCACAUCUUGAAAGUACAGAUUCUUCUCUUGAAGUGGAUUCUUCUAAAUGUCUGAAAGCAGUUAGGAUCACUGUUACCAGCCUGGAAGAUCAAACACAAGAUGUCACAACUUCACAAAAGACAUCUAAGAAAGAGGGCAAUGUUGACAAGAAACAGUCCCCUAGUUUUAAGAAAACAACCUCAGAAAUCAAAAGUGAUAACAUGGAAGGUGAACAUGAACAAGUUGCAGUAGCAAUAGCUUCUUUCGUAGGUACAAGCAAACAACUCACAAUGCUAAAGAAACCAGAGCCCCCACCGAAACCCAAAUAUCAAAGGAGUCAUGCGAAAUCACCAGCUAAAUCUGUUGCUCUACAGAAAAACAAUUUGGGUAUGGAACAACUAAAGCAAAAAAUAACAUCGGAAGAAGUAGUUGUUUCUACAGUUGGAGGAACCAGCGCUUUAAAUGUAGAAGCUGAUGACACACAUUCUGUGGUUUCUGGUUCAAGUGGAAAAUCUGAUAUGUUGAAAGAAAUUUCAAAACCAUGCUUAUUAGGUUCAAUAUUUGACGUUGAAAUAUCAGUUAGUAAAAGAAGCAGUGGCUCAUCUAGUAUGAAGUCUGCUGCAGAGGCUUUGGUAGAAAUUUCAGGUGGGAGUACAUCAAGCAUUUCAAAAGCGAGGCACCUCGUGCGAAGUAGGUCACAACUACAGCGUUCCCCGCAAAAGAUGCCUUCUGGAAUAGCUGUAAGGUCUAUUGAUGAAAUUAUUGCAUCCCUGAAGUCUACUAUACCAACUCCCUCGGACCUGAGGAUCAAAGAACUUGUGGAGAGUAUUCUUGGUCAGGACUACAACGUAAACAAAGCAAUAUUAGCUAUGAAUGAAGAACUUCAGGCGAGAGAACAAGGGACUCCAGCUGUAGAAGUUUCACCUUUGGAAAUGGAACAGCCACCACCUGCGAAAAAAGACCAUCUGGCAACAGAGUUGGCACCUGAAGAACUGACAGCAGAAGAUGCUGAACAAGUGAAAGUGGAGAUACCAGGAUCAUCACGAAGAGCGAGCUUUCCCCAAGCUCACCAUCCCCAAGCUCACUUUCAAAUGGAAGCUGCAAGAGUGAGAGAAGAUAUUGCUGAAGUAAAGGCUGACGAAGAAGUGACUGAAACGCCAAGAGAGAAAGUAGAGCAUUCCUCAUUAUCAUCUUCACAAGAGGUAAUAAGCUUCCAUGAAAGUGAAGAGAGUUCAUCUUCAGAGGUUGUACAGUUACAAGAGCCAACUCCUCCAAAGCGAAAAGAUGUGGAAAAGGCCAUACCUGAACCAUCACAGAAGUCUCUGUCCUCAGACAUAGAGCUGGAAAUAAAAGGCAAAUCAAUUCCAAAGGCUAAACCAGUUAAAAUUCAGGAGCAUUUAGAAGAUCUUGAUGAACAGCAUCCCGUAUCUCUGCUUUCCACUUGGACUACAAAGAUCAAAGAUGUGGAUCACCCACUUAUUCACCUUCUUUGUGAGGCUUGCCCAAGAUGUGUGUUGCCUGUUCAUCUGCAGCUUGCUUCAAGAAUACACCAUACCAUAGACAAAAGGGGUCAUAAUGUUUUAUUACCACCAGUUAAUCUUUGCAGUGACCUCUCAGAGCAGUUCUUACCAUCCACUCCCGCUUAUGAUGAAUUUAUGGCAAAAGAAAGAAUUUAUAAUGAAGGAGUUCCUAUUUCAGAAGUAUACAAAUGCAGUCAGGAAGAUGGAGUUAAAGUUUUCCCUCCAAGGUCACCAGAAAGUAUGCCUGAAUGGCAAAGAGUAGCUGAGUUUUAUGUUGAAAAACCUCAACUAGCCCUGUUAGGAGAAAAAGUUAAAUUUCAUCCAGGGUCUCUCAAAAUGUUUUGGACACCAGCUCCACAGAAAUUCGCCGCUCCUCUCUCUCUUAUGAAGGAGACCUUGUUUCCAAAGUAUGAGAGCAAUCUGAUUAAUGGUGUUAUUUAUGAAGACUUUUCAUGUGAUCUUCGAGAUCAAGAAGUAUUAGAGUUUGAGGAGGACUUUGACCAUUUGCUUUCUACUCUUAAAAUCUGUAGAAGAAGCGCUUCCUCUCCAGGGCUUUUAGUUUCUGAAAGGGAAACAUUACAGGAGAACAUCACAGAAUGUGAAGUUCUGGUUAAAAGACCUCAUAGUGCACCAGAAUUAUCAUUCAGAGACAAAUCUGCUUUGAAGAUUUCUGCAAAUUUCAGAACCACUAUGGAAGAGAUAACUGUUAUGAAAAAACAACGUCUUUCAGUAGAUACGGAAGCUACAAAGCCUGGCAUUUUAUCAACAAAGCCACAAAGCUCUCUUAGCCUUGAGAAAAGAGAAUCUGCCGCACACAAAAGUGUUCUUGUUGGUUCAGAUAAAGAUUCUGAUAUAGCUUUGGCAAGUACAUUCAAGCAAACAAAAGGUCUUUUCUCCUCUAGAGGACGAUCUGCAUCUAUUGCACCCACUUCAGCUCCUGAACCUAUAGAUGAAACUAAUCUGGCUGAAGAAUCUAGAAAAGCUGGGAUGAAGUACAUCGUUUUCCCAAGGAAAGCAUCAUACAAAAGGAGAUCAUUGAAAACAGCAGGGAAAUACAUUUCUGUUCAUAUAUUAGAAAGUGUUUGUGAGAAAUUAAGAGAACCUCCACAGAUUCUUAAAAGGUCUGCAUCUCUUGGAAAGCUUCCAAUUCACAAUAAAUUCUGUAUCAAAGUAUCUCGAGCAGUUCGAAGUUAUCGAAGUCCCAGCCUCCCUUGCUGGCUAGAUUUUGAAAAAUUUGCAGCAAGCCAAGGGAGAACCCCAGAAGACACCGAUGAUUAUCUUUGGGCCAGAAAAAUCUGGAAUAAAUGGUUUGAUGAGCAAUACCCUCCCAGUAGGCAAUCUUUUACUGAUAAAUCAAUGGCAGGCAAAAAGGACAUAGAGGAGGAAACCAAGGACACAGAAUUAGUAAACACAGUAAAUCCUCUUCUCUUCGAGGGAAAGCCAGAUGAACUUGAGCAGUGUCAAUCUGAAAUUGAUAAAAUAACCCAAGAAAUAGAUGAAGGAAAAUUUUCUGGGUUUAACUAUUGUAGACGUGGAGCAAUAUACAGGAAAAUAGGCAAAAUGAAGGCAGCCAUGGAUGACUUGGAAAAAGCAAUAAGUUUAGAACCAAUGCUGGUUAAUGCCUAUUGGCAUAGACAUUUAAUUUUCAUUUACCAGAACAAAAUGCUUCCAGCACUAGAAGACCUGAAUUUUAUAAUUAAGUGCAACAAAAACAAUGCAGAUGCAUAUCUGUCAAGAGCUGAAAUAUACAAAAAUCAGGGAGAUAAUUCAUUAGCAAUUAUCAACUACAGUCUUGCCCUGAAAUGCAGACCUACAGAUGAUGAAAUAUAUUACAAAAGAGCUGAGGCCCAUGAAGAGGAUGGUGAUAUAAUACUGGCGAUAGAAGAUUAUGCUAAAUGCCUUUUCUAUAAUCCCAAAAGAACUGAUGCACUUAUGAAGCAUGGAAUACAUUACUUUAAUAAAUCUAUAUGGAAUAUAGCUAUUAAUGAUUUUACAAAUGUGAUUAAACAGGACCCAAGCAUUGCAGAGGCAAGAACCUAUCGAGGGAGAAUAUAUAUUAAACUAGAGCAGUAUAAAAAUGCAGCUGAAGAUUUUGCUGUUGCAAUUCACUUGAAUCCUAAUGAUUGGAUUGCAUACUACCACAGAGGUUGUCUUUUGCGAACGAUGGAUCCAAAACAAGCCCUGCAGGACUUGAGUGUUUCUGUUCUUCUCAAUCACAAGUUUGAGAAUCUUGCUGCUUUUCUUCACCGUGGGAUCUUGUAUUCAGAACUGAAACAGUGGUUACUGGCAAUCUGUGAUUUUGAAAGUGCACUCUCCUUGGACAGGAGCCUUUCCGUAGCUUACAUAAAUAUUGGACUGAUUUUGAUGUUAUAUAUGGACCGUUAUUUUGAAUCUAUUCGACAGUUCACUCAAGCCAUUCAGCUGGAUCCAUUAGAUAUUAGACCAUACAUGUGCAGAGCCCAGGCACAUCAAAGGGUUCAUGAUCUAAAGAGUGCAAUUAAAGAUAUAAACAGAGCCAUUCAUCUCCAGCCCAACUCACCCCACUUAUGCUUAACAAGAGGACAGUAUUUACUAGAGAUGCAGAAUUAUGAUCUUGCAAGUUUCUGCAUACACCAAGUUGCAGAAAUGGGUCAAGGACCCCUUGAAUGUUCGCUUGUUCAAGAAGCACUUGUUCAAUCAUUUUGUCAGAAUCACAACAAGGCCAUUGUGUGUGCGCUUGCAGCCUCCGAAAACCAACCUGAUUGUGCCAUGUUUGUUCUACUUGGAAAAAUCCAAAUGAAAGCCAAAAAAUAUAAGGAUGCUGUAGCCAGUUUUAAACAAGCAUUGAAGCGGCUGAUGGAUACUGCCGCUUCAAGAUCUACACCUAAUACAUUUGAAGCUGCAGAAAUAUAUUUUUUUAUGGGCCAGUGCUAUAUGAAGCAAGUCUCCUUAUUGGAGGCCUGUGACGCUUUUACUUCUGCUGUCAAGCUAUAUCCACGUUAUGCAGAUGCAUACUAUCAGCGAGGGCUUUGCAGAAUGCAGCUCCAUCAACCUAAGUGCAUAUUAGAUUUUAACAAAACACUUGCUGUUCAACCAGACCAUUUUCAGGCAUAUUUAAGCCGUGCUGCUUACUAUGGAUGCAAAGGAAGAUUCUCCAAGGGAAUAAUGAAUUGCAAUGAAGCCCUCAGAAUUCAGCCUACUAGCGUGAGAGCCUAUCUUUACAGAGGAGCACUCAAGUUUUAUAACAGGACUUACAAACAUGCCGUUGAAGAUUUAAGUAAAGCUAUAGACCUAGACAAUGGUUGCAUUUUGGCAUAUUACAAUAGAGCACUUUCUUACCACUGCUUGAAGGACAGCAAAAAUGCUUUGAAAGAUUAUGGGAUUGUUCUUCUUCUUGAGCCCAGCAAGGACAUUGUUCUGAAAGUGUUGAUCAACCGUGCCUUACUCUAUGUAGAUUUGAACCAACAUGCUAAUGCACUAGAGGACUUUGCAGAAGUAGCACUGAGUAAGCCAAAAGACGGUGAACUAUUUCAAAAUAUUGGACACUGCUGUCAUAGACUUCAGAAAUACGAAGAAGCUGUGCAGUCAUUUUCAAAGGUUAUUGAAUUAGAUCCCUUUUCUCUGGAUGGCUAUAUUGGACGAGGAAAUGCAUAUCUGGAAUAUGGCCAUGAGAAAGGUACCAGACAAGCCCAGAAAGAUUUCGCAAGAGCAAUACAUCUGAAUCCCUUGUGCAUAAAGGCCAGACUUUGUGCAGGAUAUAGUUUGCAGGCUCUUGGAAAGUUUCAGAAAGCUUGGGCCCAGUUUUCAGCAGUUCUUUAUAUUGAUCCCAAGUGUCACAUUGCUUAUGAUGGGCGAGCUGUAGUCUCUCUUCAGAUGGGCGAUACCUUUGCUGCCUUUCAAGAUACAAAUGCUGCACUCAAGGUAACUACAAGUGCAGAGCUGCUUACUAAUCGAGGUGUCAUUAACCAGUUUAUGGGAUAUUUAAACUGUGCCAUGAAAGAUUAUCAGCAAGCUAUCUCCAUUGACCCCAGCUAUGCUUUGGCAUAUUUCAAUGCAGCAAAUAUCUACUUUAACAACAGGCAGUUUUCACAGGCAAAUAACUAUUAUUCCAAGGCACUGAUGCUUGAUCCACUAAAUGAAUCUGCAUUCCUAAAUCGAGCUAUUACAAAUACACUGUUAAAGAAAUUUGAAGAAGCAAAAGCAGAUUUUGAGCAGGCAAUUUGCCUUUCUCCUUUCUCGGCAGCAAUAUAUUUUAACAAGGCAAAUCUCUACAGUACAUUGCAGGAAUAUGAGCAAGCUGAGGAAGCCAUUUCAAAAGCCCUGUCAAUUCAGCCGUAUGAUUCCCUGAUGUUUAAACUCAGAGCUGAUAUUCGUGGCAAGAUGGGUUUAAUGAAAGAAGCUAUUGCUGAUUACAAGAAAGCUAUCAGUAUCCAGGAACUUAUCAGUGGGUGAAAAUAUAUUUUUGGUGUAGAGUACCAUGAUCGCCUGUGUUAGUUGCUUUUCCAGUUUAUGUUGAAUACCAUUUAUCUUUUGUUACUGUAUAUACUGUUUAUACUAAUGUAUUGGUUGCAAAUUAUCUUAAAUUUUAACUGUGAAUGUCUGUACAUAUUUUAUUUACAUAACUGAAUAGGAAAGAUUAAAUGAAAAGAGCAAUGAAAACAAUCACUUGACUAUAGUAAAGAAAAAAGCAGUUGACUUAUUAGAGAAAUGUAAAUGAUAACAUCUUUGUUUCUCCAUUUUUAAGGACUAGAUUUGCUGAAACUUCUUUAGCUGAUUUUUCCUCUCAUUUAAUCAAUAUGUGAAUACUUAAUGUAUAAUAUGGAUAAAGCCGAAUACAAAUAAACAGCUAUAAUAAAAUG